AUGAGCUCCUUCGACCUCCCGGCGCCCUCCUCCCCGCGCUGCAGCCCCCAGUUCCCCAGCAUCGGCCAGGAGCCCCCCGAGAUGAACCUGUACUAUGACAGCUUCUUCCACCCCCCAGGGGUGGCCAGCCCGCAGCGGGCCCCCGCCUUCGAAGGGGGCGGCGAGUACGGGGCCCCCCCCAACCCCUACCUCUGGCUCAACGGGCCGGCCCUCACCCCGCCGCCCUACCUGCCCGGGGGCCCCGGCGGUGGCGGUCCCUUCCUGCCGCAGGCCUACGGGGUGCAGAGGCAGCUCCUGCCCGGCGUGGCCGGCCUGGGGGGCAGCGACCUGGGCUGGCUGCCCAUCCCCUCGCAGGAGGAGCUGAUGAAGCUGGUGCGGCCCCCCUACUCCUACUCCGCCCUCAUCGCCAUGGCCAUCCACGGCGCGCCCGACAAGCGCCUCACCCUGAGCCAGAUCUACCAGUACGUGGCCGACAACUUCCCCUUCUACAACAAGAGCAAGGCAGGCUGGCAGAACUCCAUCCGCCACAACCUGUCCCUCAACGACUGCUUCAAGAAGGUGCCGCGCGACGAGGACGACCCUGGCAAGGGCAACUACUGGACCCUCGACCCCAACUGCGAGAAGAUGUUCGACAACGGGAACUUCCGCCGGAAGAGGAAGCGGAAAUCGGAUGUCUCCUCGGGCACCGGCUCCUUGGCCUCGGAGAAAACAGAGACCAGCCUCGCCGGGGACGGGGCCAAGACCGUGGAGACCCCGGACAUCCUGGACGGCACCUCACCGGGCACCGCCGGCUCCCCGGAGAAGCACGGGUCCCCUCCCCCGCCAGGCGCCCCAUGCCUCAACAGCUUCCUGUCCAGCAUGACGGCCUACGUGAGCGCCUCCAGCCCCCUGGGCCGCCCCACGGCCACGCCGGGACUGAGCUCAUCGGAGCCCGCCGACAAGAUGGGGCAGAACUUGCUGAACUUCAACACUUACCCGGCCAUCGGCAACCUGGGCGGCCCCUCCGGCGGGGGCGACUGGGCCAACCCCGGGCCCACUGGCGCCCUGGGCUACGGGGGCUCCGUGCUCAACCAGUUCAGCCCCCACUUCUACAACAGCGUCAGCGCCAACAGCGGCCUCUACCCCCGAGAGGGCACGGAGGUCUAG